GGAGACUCAGGGACACAGAAAACUCUAAAUAAAUACACAGAAAAACACAGAACAUGACACAAUCUGGCACACAUGUAACAGAUUCAUUUUGCAUCAUUAAUCUGUUACGCUCCCUUUAGAAACCACUAAAAGGGAUGGGGACAUGUGGGAUAAACCUGGCUCUCCCAGGGAAACCCACACCAACAACUAAGUGUUGGAUUAUUUUUUAUUUUUUUGUGGAAGAUGCAGAUGUUUCACAAGUUGCAGGUUCUCAUAAUUUCACAGAACCUGCAACGCAUCAGACGUUGGCUGUGGAAAAGGUUAGUUAGGGAAGGGGGGACGUGUGGGAAUUGUCCUAUAAUGACAUUAUAAUGAUAAGUGUUGGAAAUUCUGUGCAAAAUGUGAGAAUGAUGUGUGAAUUUGCGCCAUCAGAUUUGAUAGCAUCAUGGAAGAUUCAUAGUGGGAUUGUGUCUGUGUUCCCUUGUUGGCUCUGUGCGAUUCUCUCUCUUUUCUCCUCAUUUUCUUCUUUAUGGCAGGAAACAUGUCUUCCAGGCGUUUUUGCACCUUUUCCAAAUUGACCCUGUCAUCGAGAAGCUUCUUUCGUUCUUCUUGGUGUUUCACCACUGAGAUGUCCUUUUCCUUCUCCAGUUUUCUGCAACUUUCCUUGAGGGUGUCCAUGCUGACUAUGAUGUAAUCCAAGAACUUAAGCCUUUUCAGAAAAUUCAUAUCUACAUUCAUCAUGGCUCCAAGACUUCUCCUGAAAUAGUUUCUUUAGACCCGGCUCCAAGGCGGAAAAUUGUUUGGCAAGAAAAUAUGUCGAAGAGAAGAAGGCCUUUGCUGAAAUCCUGUUGUGUACAGGAGGAAGUGGAAGAGAAAUUUGGGGACAGAAAGUUUGGCUUAAGGCAAGCAAGAGUUAAAACUCUUAAUGUAUACAGUAACCAAUGUGAUGGGAAGAAGAAUUUGAUUAAAGAGAAUGGCAUUACAAAGCAAAAUGGUGAGUUUUUUCAGGGAAUCUGGUUUGUGACUUGUGAAAACAAAGAGGGUAUUAUGGAUAUAGAAAAGCUGAAAAAAGGUGAGAAUUGCAUAGCGUGUCGGGGCCUGUGGUUUACUCCCCCGGCCUUUGAGGAGUUUGCAGGACGAGGAGCGUGCAAAAAAUGGAAAACCAGCAUAUGCCAUGAAGGAAGACCUCUGACCCAUUGGUUUGCGAAAGGUAUUCUGUCCACAACUGGAUAUAAAAGAAGAGGAGCCGAGCCUAUGAGGAAGGUUACGGUUUCAUCAGGAAAAAUGGAAAGCAAGCCAACACAAAGCUUCCACAAGUUCCAGGGAUCUAAGCGCAGUAAAUAUAAGAGAUCUUCCACCUCGGUGACCCAGAAAAGCAUCUCCCCAGGAGGCUUUAACCCUCCUGGAGAGGCAGUAGAGGCAGAAGUACAGCUUGUACAGGAUCCUGAGGGAAGUCAUAUUAAAGAUGACCACAAGCAGUCCGACAGUGACGAGUUUCUGAAGAGAGACCAAAAAAAUAGAGAUGAUCCGGAUGAGAGAAAUAAUGAACACGGUAUAAACUCAGGAGAUGCUGAGGACGAAAAUAAAACGGACAACGGGGAUAUGCUUGCUGAUGCUGAUUACCUCGACGACCACGGCGAUGCCAGAGAAAGACACGAGGACUCGGACGCUGCCGGAGCCGAGGAGCAGGAGAUGAAGAGGAAAACUAAAGUGAUCGUCAGAAGGCUUUCAGAGAGGUGGAGAGCCUGUAAGGAGAAAUGGCGUCCGAAAGGUGCCUGGUGUGAGCCUUUGGAGGAAAACGCACACAUUGAGGAGACUGAAGGAAACCAGUUGAUCAAUGAGAACCUCGGCGCUUCCUCUGCAGAGCUCGUCGUUAGUAGCAACGGUGACAAGACAGAUGAGGAGAAAGAUACAGUGUUGGAUAUGAGGUCACCUCAAGAUGCAGAGAUGACCUCAAGUCCACUUGUCAAGAACCAAACAAGUGACCCGAUGUAUCUUUCUGUUGCACCUGUAAGCCUGCUGCUUCCGUUUGUCAAUAAAGAGGUUAAUGAGAAGGACGCAGAUGAAGCCAAACCGGAUCAUGACGAAGCAGAAUCAGAAAGGUCAGAGACAUGCAUCAGAGCCUCAGACUGUCCGAAUGUCUCAGAGAAGAUGGAGGACGGAGCUUCGGGGGUCUCAGGCGGCUCCGACGUGGAUGCAAUGGAUAUCAAUCAGCUGAAGAAGGAAAAAAUAAAGAUGCAGCUUAAAGUUUUAAAACUGCAAGAGGAAUGUUACACACUGAUGCUAAACAACUUAAGAAACUGACAAGAAGGGCGUGGUGUAGCGGUUAGCGCGACCCGUAUUUGGAGGCCUUGAGUCCUCGACAUGGCCGUCGCGGGUUCGACUCCCGGACCCGACGAUAUUUGCCGCACGUCUUGCCCCCUCUCCUCUCCUUCCCCGUUUCCUGUCAGUCAAUCUUCUGUCAUAUAAGGGACACUAGAGCCCACAAAAGACCCCCUGGAGGGGUAAAAAAAGAAACUGACGAGAAAGGUUUUAGUGUCAACAUCGUAAAUGACCAGUUAACCUUCUUUUUUACAAUGUGCCUAUUGGAUCAUUUUUACAACUUUUCUUUUUAAAUGUGUUCCACAUUGUAUAUCACUCUUUUUUUUUUAUCAGAAAAUGUCACAGUUGAAAGUUGCCAAAGAGACAAGACAGAAAGUAGCGAUGAUAUAGUUUGAAGUUUACAGAAAAGUGGAGGAAAUGAGAAGAGCUGAGCACAGCAGCUUAAAAACGUAUCUAACCGGCACCCCACAGUGGAAUUUAAAAGCCCUCUGUUGUUUGCCCCGCCUACCUGUAAUUCACCCUGCUGGUGAGUAAUUCUUUGUUUUAUAAACGGUAAUUCAAAACACUAAAAUUUUGUCUGCCUGCAUUCAGUUAGAUGUAAUUUCUGCUCCGGUUCUGACCGGCAUUAUUACUUUGACGACCAAAAACGUUGGUCUCUCAUUUCUCCAAACAGCUCUGCAGCGGUUGUUUAAGCUUCACUUUUCUUCAUGUAAUCAGUUUGUAUUUUACUAGUGAGGAUUUGGGUAUUUAUAGUUUUAUUUUUAUCAAAUUCUUUUACGCCGUUUCACGACUUAAGCUCCGUUUAUCUCGACGUCUUUACAUAGCUCGCAUUCAAACAUGACAAGUUAAGAAAAUGUUGGGUGAUUUUCCACUUUUCAUAAGUAGCAUUUACAGGUUGAAAAGUAUUUCUUUUUCUAAUUCCCAAACAUGAUUGCCAGAAGGUCACCUCCGAAGGUCACCUUUCAAGGUCAAGAUGUUAUUAUUAUUAUUAUUAUUAUUAUUAUUAUUAUUAUUAUUACCUAUAAGUGCAAAACUGGCAAGCAAUCUUGGAAAUCUGAAAUCUCUAACCCGUUUGUUAUCUUACAGUUUUGAAAGAGGUGUUUUCAAAUACCAUAAUUACAAACCUGUGAAUAACCCUGAGGAGAAAAUAAAUAUUUACUGUUACAUCUCAUUCAUUCAGCUGUUUAUAGCUCUUUUGACUGUAUUUUGCAUUUGGUGCUUUUCCUCACACUGUGCUAAGAAUGUCUCUGUUUUUUAGUAUACAUGUCAAAUGCUGCUGUAUCCAGGUCUGUCUCAAGUUUUCUGCUCACUUUUCUUCUUGUAUUAAAUAAUUAACCAAA